CAAGAAAGCAUGUGCGUGGUGGCAACGGAUUCAGUGAUAGAUAGAUACCGGAACAUUAUAUCCUCCACUAAAUAAUAAACAAAACUUAAAUUAUAUUUGGACCCCUAAGGAAAAUCCAAGAAGCAUGCGCUGAACCGGACCUUGUAUGCCGUCGCAAGGAUGACGUUAGGAUACGUUGAAUCAGGUUGUUAGGUAAUCCUUUGCUCGGCCGGGCGGCCAGGGUCUCGCGAGGCGCUUCUUGAAGUCUCUUCUCUUUCUUAUUUGACACGUGGAGUCGGCACGCGAUCGAAGCCCCGAUCCGGGCGUGGAAGGCCGCCCCGAGCCAGCGUGGACUCUUCCCACCUUUAUUUAAUAUUUUAUUUGGACUGCCAAAUCCCCAAAGGAAAACCCACACCAACAAACCCCAAAGAUCCCUUCUAAGCUCCUCCCCAGCCCUCGUAUAUAUAUAUAUAUAUUUAUCCCCAAGCAAACCAGAACAGACUCAAAAGUCCUCCUCUUCCCUUCACUUCUUUCGUUUCUUCUCCUACCAAUGGGCAAGGGCGAGUGGUACAGAGGCCGGACUAUCGGCCGCGGGUCCUCCGCCACCGUCUCCCUCGCUACGAUCACCGCCUCCGGCGAGGUCUUCGCGGUCAAGUCGGCGGAGCUCUCUCGCGCCGGGAUGCUUCGGAGGGAGCAGAGGAUCCUCGCGAAUCUGAGUUAUCCUCACGUCGUCUCCUACCUUGGCUUUGACAUCACCUCCGAAACAAACGGUGUAUACUACAAUCUCUUCAUGGAGUACGCCACCAGGGGCUCGCUCUCCGACGAGAUCGAGAAGCAGGGCGGCCGCCUCGACGAGCCGACGAUUCGGUCCUACAGCUGCCAAAUUCUCCGCGGGCUGGCCUACCUCCACUCCAACAGCAUCGCCCAUUGCGACGUCAAGGGCCGGAACGUCCUGAUCGGAUCCGACGGCCGCGCAAUGAUCGCCGACUUGGGCUGCGCACGGUGGAUGGCUGAUGAGGAUGGCAGAGGCUGCCUCCAAUUGAGGGGGACGCCGAUGUACAUGGCGCCGGAGGCGGCGCGAGGAGAGGAACAGGGGACGCCGGCCGACGUCUGGGCGUUGGGGUGCACCGUCGUGGAGAUGGCCACCGGGCGCGCGCCUUGGCCGGAAUUCUCCGAUCCGAUCGCCGCCCUCCACCGGAUUGCCUUCUCCACCGACGUGCCGGAGCUACCCAGCUGGAUCUCCGACGAGGGGAAGGACUUCUUGGACAGAUGCCUAAGAAGAGAUCCCAACGAGCGGUGGACGGCGGAGCAGCUUCUCAAGCAUCCAUUCGUGGCAUCGUCGGCGAAUUGCCUCCCGAGCUCGAAUUCAACUCCCAAAUGGAUCUCCCCCAAGAGCACUCUCGAUCAGGCCUUCUGGGAAUCAAUAUCAGACGAAGAAGAAGAGGUCGACAAAGUCGAAAACUCAUCGAAUGAUCCAUCACAGAGAAUUCAGCAUCUCGCCACCGCCGCCGCCGGCGUCGGCGUUCCCGACUGGACAUGGGACGACAGCUGGAUGACCAUCAGAACAGACGGCAGGGAAUGCGAGAUCAUUCCACGGGUCGAGGAAGAUAAAACCCCGUCUCCGGUAGACGGGCCGACCACCGGCGGCAGCCCGCCGACUUAUUCGUCGGUCGGCAGGAGCGGCGAAAUUCUCACGACGAGCGGCAGCGGUGGAAGCAGCAGCGAAGAAUUCAUGUUAAGCACUAAUCACAUGGGCGGAGAGGAGGAUUUCCUCUCCGAUUCAGAUAAUAAUUAUGCCUUCAUCGACGAUUAUAAUUGUAAUAAUCCAAGUCUAGUACAGGCAGAGGAGGGAAAUGAGAGGGUGCUCCUUAGCUGUAGAAAAGAUGCUGCUGUAUUCAGUAAUGGUAAUUGUAAUUCAGUGAAUCAGAAGCAAAGACAUCCUGUUUGCGUUUUUAAAUUGGUGCUUUCCUUUGCAUCCAGUUGGCUCUUUGCUUUUGUCUUUAUCUUUUUGUUCCUCCUCAAGAGAAGCUUUAGUACCAAGGAUUGGGAGAUGGACGGAAGCUGUGAGGAUGGCGUGGAUCUAAUGAUCUGA